AUGCGCCAAUACGAAUACCUGACCACUGAAGACUUGCGCUUCCGCAAGGGAUUGAGUCCAUUUAAGAAGAUGGAGGCUUUUGCCCCAAGGAAAAGGAUGCAUCAUUCUUUAAAUUAUGAUAGCUUAUCGGACAUUCCCUCAAUGGAAUUAAUCUUGAAUCGCACAGAAAAUAUAUUUCUACCAGCUAAUAAAAAGCACAUUCAUCAAAGCAGUGAUAAAAACGAAGGAGAGAUGCUUAGCUUUCAACAAGAUCUUUUCACAUCAAGUUCAUUUAAUACUGACUCAUUUCCAACAGUUAAAAAAAGUUUGCCAUCUGCAAAUCAAAAUUUGCCAUUUAAAUCUGUUGUUUCUACUGUAUCAUUUUACAACAAAGAUAAGUGGUACCUCAACCCAUUGGAAAGAAAGUUGAUAAAAGAAAGUAGAGCCAGUUAUCAAAAAACUAAUAGUGAAGAUAAGUCUUUGCCCAAAGUGACAGAAAAAAUCCAGAGAAAACGGCCUUGCUCAAAGAAGACAAACAAAAAACCACAGAAAAGCUUAACUGCUAAGAAUCAAUCAGGUUAUAACUGCAUCAAGCCUGAAUCAAGGAAGUCUAAAAAUUCCAAGCAAAAUAAAGUGAUUUAUAAGCCACUUGUGGAUAAAGAAAAUAAUUGUUAUUCUGCUGAGAAUAAUCUGAAUGCUCCUAGAGUUCUAAGCCAAAAAGUAAAACCACAAGUUACUCUCCAGGGUGGAGCAGCAUUUUUUGUGAGUAGGAAAAAACCCUCUCUUAGAAAAUUAUCUUUGGAAAAUCAGUCAUUACUGGGAUCUACUGGAAAUAAUAAAUCAGAAUUGGUUGAAGAUCCUGUUUUAGAGACUGUCCAUGAAAGAAAAACUACUGAAACAAGGCAAGUGCCCAAGUGCGUAUUACAAGAACUGAACAUUGAACUACUGGGUGCUGGAAGUAAAAAUGAAGAUAAAUUAAUAAAGGAUUCAGCAGGUAGAGUGGUUUCUUCAAGGAAGUGCCAGCUUGAUGAAAAUAUGUGUUUGCCUUCAGAGGACACUGACAACAAGGCAGCUUCUCCCGAGUCCAUUGUCUAUCCUAUUUUCAGUGCAUCUUCAGUCAAUACGAAAAGAUCUCUCUCUGAAGAGCAAACUUCUGUGGAAUCCAUCAUGUCUAAUAACUUGAAACAAACAAGCACAGUGAAAAGUAACAGAGAUACAAAUAAAGAAAUAAAAGACCAGUUCAUCAUUGAUGCAGGUCAGAAAAAUUUUGGGGCCACUAUGUGUAAGUCUUGUGGCAUGAUCUAUAGUGCUUCCAAUCCCGAAGAUGGAGUGCAGCAUAUUCAGUAUCACCACAGAUUUCUGGAGGGAAUCAAAUAUACAGGCUGGAAGAAAGAACGUGUAGUAGCUGAGUUUUGGGAUGGAAAAAUUUUGAUGGUCCUGCCACAUGAUCCAAAUUAUGCUAUCAGAAAGGUAGAAGAUGUCCAAGAACUUGUUGAUAAUGAAUUGGGAUUUCAUCAAGUUAUUUCCGGAUGUCCAAACAAAACCAAGACUUUACUUUUUAUAUCUGAUGAAAAGAAAGUAGUUGGGUGUUUAAUUGCAGAGCCCAUCAAACAGGCUUUUCGCGUCCUGUCUGAACCAGUUGGUCCACAAGUCCCAAGCUCUAAAGAAUGUCACAGGGCUUGGCAGUGUUCAGAUGUACCACAGCCUGCACUCUGUGGAAUAAGCAGACUCUGGGUCUUCAGACUGAAGAGAAGAAAGCGCAUUGCAAGACGACUAGUAGAUACUCUCAGGAAUUGCUUCAUGUUUGGCUGUUUUCUUAGCACUGAUGAAAUUGCAUUUUCUGACCCAACACCAGAUGGCAAAUUAUUUGCAACCAAGUACUGUAAUACCCCUAAUUUCCUUGUCUACAAUUUCAAUGGUUAA